AUGCCCGUUGGGCCUGAUUUGCUCGCCAGCUGUGAGGAUAGCGUCUACUGCAGGUACGAUGCAGGAACAAACGAUUCCACCACUCCCUUGACCUUCUUUUUGCCGCUGUACCGUACCGUACCCGUCCCAACACAUCGACCACUUCACGUGGAAACGGUGCAAUUUCUAGAAGGUCACAUCAGCGGGGCCUCACCCACCGCUCAACAGGGUCCUGAUGCGAUUCAAGUCGAAGAAGGCCUCUUCCGUAGACAGUGGGCCGUACCUGGUGGCGUGUGCGGCGUAGCCCUGCCAGAGCUACGGCGCCGGGGAAAGACAGCUGGCUUCCACAGCUUCGUUCCAUUCAACCUUUUCCCCACUUCCUCGGCCUCAUCAUUGGCCGACGCCUAUCAGGGCCCUGAUCUUCGUCAAUUGAAGGAACUUUUCCAGCCUGGCGGGGUUGUGGCUACUUUCCCGCUCGCCCACGGUUUGACUAUCGGGAUGGUGUACUUUGACUCGUUAGCAUGGCCGCGGGAGUGA